CAAUCCAGUAUCGGACUAUCGUCUCCCUAAACCCCAAUUCUCCAAAUCCGAACCCUCCUUCACCUUUUAGCUGCCUCCUCUUCCUCUAUCUUAGGGUCUCACUCUUUCUCUCUCCUCACUCCCAACGCCUAUUACCCCCUCUGCCUUUCUGUUCGUCGCUUCCUCAAUCGCAGAUCCAUUCAAACACCGCCACUUUUCUUCGCCGUCUGCCUUUUCCGAUUGAGAAAAGUCGAAGUUGUUGAAAUAGUCUUCAAGAAGAAAUAUGAGUUCACGUUUUUGGGACCAGGGUAACAGUGACACCGAGGAGGAGGAGAGUGAUUAUGAUGACGUUGAUGAGCCUGUUGCUGAUGAAGCUGGUGCUAAAGCUAAAUAUGGACCUGGUGACAGGUAUAAAGAGGAUAAUGGUAAUGACAGUGACGAUUCAGACGACCACAAGCGAGUUAUUAUUCCUGGUAAGGAUAAGCGUUUCCAGGAGAUGACUGCUACUGUUGAGCAGAUGAAGAAUGCUAUUAAGAUCAAUGACUGGGUAAGCCUACAAGAGAGCUAUGAUAAGAUCAAUAAACAACUUGAAAAAGUUAUGCGUGUUGCAGAGACUGGUAAGGUUCCCAACGUCUAUAUAAAGGCCCUUGUAUUGUUGGAGGAUUUUCUGAAUGAGACAUUGUCAAAUAAGGAGGCUAAGAAAAAGAUGAGCACCAGUAAUGCAAAAGCACUGAAUAAAAUGAAGCAGAAUCUAAAGAAGAACAAUAAGCAAUAUGAAGAUAUGAUCACCAAAUUCAGGGAGAAUCCUGAGUCUGAAGAUGAAAAGGACGAAGGGGAUGAUUCGUCUGGUACUGAGUUUACUGAGUCUGAGGGUGAAGAUGAAGACACUGAUAAGGAGGAUGACAAAGGGGAGGGGGAUGAUGUUGAGGAUGAUGUUGAGAAUAUUGGUGGUUGGCAGACUCCAGGGAAAAACAACAGGCUUAUAGAUAUUAAAUUAUUGAAAAACCCUAGUGAGAUCACGUGGGAUACAGUUGACAAGAAAGUCAAAGAAAUUGUUGCUGGUCGUGGUAAGAAGGGAACUGGAAAAGUCGAGCUUGUUGAGCGGCUCACCUUCUUGACUAGGAUUGCAAAGACACCGGCUCAGAAGUUGGAAAUCCUUUUCAGUGUUGUUUCUGCCCAGUUUGAUAUUAAUCCUAGUCUCAGUGGACACAUGCCAAUUAAUGUGUGGAAGAAAUGUGUUCAGAAUAUGUUUGUUAUACUUGAUAUUCUCACUCAGUAUCCGAACAUUCUGGUGGAUGAUUCAGUUGAACCUGAAGAAAAUGAAACCCAAAAGGGUCCUGACCAUAAGGGUACCAUUCGAGUAUGGGGAAACUUGGUAGCCUUUCUUGAGAGGAUAGAUGUUGAGUUUUUCAAGAGUUUGCAGUGUAUUGAUCCUUAUACGCGUGAGUUCGUUGAAAGACUUAGGGAUGAGCCUUUGUUUUUGGUCCUUGCACAAAACGUGCAAGAGUACUUGGAGAAGAGUGGAAACCUGAAGGCCGCUUCAAAGAUAGCCCUGAAACGUGUUGAAUUCGUAUACUAUAAGCCUCAAGAAGUUUAUGAUGCAAUGAGGAAACUGGCUGAACAAUCAGAAGAGGGAAAUGAUGAAGCUGCAGGUGAGGAAUUCAAGGAUGCUGGUCUAGGUAGGGGGCCGCCUUUGUUUGUAGUAACUCCUGAGCUCGUGCCCCGGAAAUCUACAUUUCCAGAGCGUUGCAGGGCAUUGAUGGAUAGCUUAGUUUCUCUCAUUUACCAAUUUGGAGAUGAGAGAACAAAAGCUCGUGCUAUGCUAUGUGAUAUUUACCACCAUGCCAUUAUGGAUGAAUUUCCAAUUGCUCGUGACUUGUUGCUGAUGAGCCAUUUACAAGACACAAUUCAACAUAUGGAUAUAUCAACCCAGAUAUUAUUCAAUAGAGCUAUGGCUCAGCUUGGUCUCUGUGCUUUUAGGAUUGGUCUGACUUCUGAAGGACACAGUUGCCUUUCUGAAUUAUAUUCAGCUGGAAGGGUGAGAGAGCUACUUGCACAAGGUUUCUCUCAAAGUCGUUACCAUGAGAAGACUCCUGAACAGGAAAUGAAAGAAAGAAGACAGCAGAUGCCAUACCACAUGCACAUCAAUUUGGAACUCUUGGAAGCAGUUCAUCUGACCUGUGCCAUGCUGUUAGAGGUUCCCUAUAUGGCUGCCAACACCUUUGAUUCACAGCGCAGGAUCAUAAGCAAGACGUUCCGGAGACUUCUAGAAGCUAGUGAGAGGCAAACACUGCGGGGCCCACCCGAAAACGUCCGGGAUCAUGCCAUGGCUGCCACCAGAGGACUCACUCAAGGAGACUUUCAAAAGGCCUAUGAUGUCAUCACAUCCUUGGACGUGUGGAAGCUUCUGAAAAACAAGGAGAGUGUUUUUGAAAUGCUGAAAUCCAAGAUCAAAGAAGCCGCUUUAAGAACAUACCUGUUUACUUACGCGGUUUCCUACAGUUCUCUUAGUGUUGAUCAGCUGUCUAAGAUGUUUGAGCUCUCUGAUCCCGAGAUACACAGCAUUGUGAGCAAGAUGAUGGUUAAUGAGGAGCUACGUGCUUCGUGGGAUCAGCCUACACAGUGCAUCAUCUUCCAUGAGGUUGAGCACACUAGAUUGCAGGCUCUUGCUUUCCAAUUGACCGAGAAGCUGUCUUUCUUUGCUGAGAAUAACGAGCGAGCUAUGGAAGCUAAGUUGGGUGGUGGUUCGUUGGAUGGUUUGCCUCUCAGGAGGAGAGACGGGCCGGAUUAUGCUCAAGUAACCUCCACCGGUGGUGGUGGUGGUGGUGGAAGGUGGCACGAUAAUUCAUAUAACCAAGGAAGGUCAGGUGGCCGUUCUGGGUAUGGUGGGAAGAGUAUGAAUCCUGGACAGUUUUCCGGUGGUGGGUAUGGUGGUCAUUCGAGAGGAGGAGGCGGCGGUGGCGGCUCUUAUGGACGUGCCCGUGGACAACACAAUGAUUCUUCUGCCCGUAUGGUCAGCCUUAAUCGUGGGGCCCGUUGAUCUAUAAUAAUACACAAGUUAUCUGAACAAUUUUGCCCCCCAAAGGUACUCAAAAGUAAGUUAAGUUGUUUUCUUGGUAGAAGUUUUGGUUAUUACUUAAACUAAUUGAAAUUAGUUAUAACUUUUAUAAGCUUUGCGAGUUUUUUGAACGCCGUAUUUUGUUCUACAUUAUGAUGUUGGAUUUUGUCUUAAUUAUUGGACACUUAGAUUCA